GUCCAAUGCAAUAGUUUGCUUGCUUUGAGCAUGAUAGGCAAUACUUCUACUCCAUGCGCGUGCGAAUGGCACUGACCAGCAAAUCCAACCCAUUGCUAUGGAAGAUCAAAGCAGCAUCAAUGAGCAUGCAGGCCAUGCAGAACGGCUGUGUGAGAACCCGGGGCCCUCAGGGACGGCCACGCCAACUUUGAUGAAUGCCAUGUCUCCCAAAGAACCAUCCUCGACGUUACAAGUUGAGCAUGGCCGACAAUCGACACCAAGCCGUCCUUUGAUGACAGCGACAUCUGAGCAAGUACUGGAAGGCCGAGUCUUCCAUCCUGAUGCAUCCAUCAUCCUUAUUGGAAUUCGAGCCUCUGGCAAAAGGUCAUUGGGGUUUAUCGCGGCAACUGCUCUCGGUAGAAGGUUUAUAACUGAAGAUCACUACUUCCAGAGCUUCAACGGUCUUUCUCGUCAAGAAUACCUCCGAGUCCAUGGAAGCGAGCAAUUUCACAGACAGGAUAUUGCAACCUCAAAGCAAAUGCUAGAGGAGAACAAAUAUGGAUGUGUCAUCGACUGUGGCUUGGGAAGUCUGACCAGCAGCCUCCAGGACUAUCUGAGACAACUCAGCCAGACAAAUCCUGUUAUAUUCAUUCUCAGAGACAUGGACCGAAUACAAGGGUUGCUUAAACUCGAUGAACGCUCAGCAAAACUGCUCGAGAAUGGGAAUUCUACACACAGGAAAUGCUCAAACUACGAAUAUUUCAACCUAGAAGACGAGUCCAUGGCCAGAUCUACCGAAUCCGACGACGCAGAUCGUGCUUCGCCUAACUAUUCGUUCAGGCUUCGCCAUGCACAGGCAGAUUUUUCUUCGUUCGUACGUUUGAUUACGGGAACGAGAGCACAGCAGUCGAGCAAUGAUUCGCCCUUCUCUCUAGCUGUCCCAGUCGAACAACGCACAUAUACAUACGCAAUCGAGGUCAAACUCUCAAAUUACAUGGAUGGGCAGAUCGACUUUGCAGCCCUGGAAUCUGCCGGUGAUGUCACAGAAAUCUAUGUUGAUGUCUGGAAUUCUACUGCGACAAGGGCCCUCAGCAAGCUAGUUGGGAUGGCUAGAAGAACACUUGAUCUACCUAUUCUACUCUCUGUCACUGCCACACUUGCGGACGCAAGCAGCAAUACCUACCUGAAUAUCAUCAAACAUGGAUUUCGUCUGGGAGUGGAAUAUUUGUCAGUCAAUUUGGAACUUGAUGAUCAUACACUUGCGCACAUCAAAGCAAUGAAAGGCUACACUAAGCUUGUCGCUACUUAUGCCCCUAGAUCUUCUACAAAGCAGGGGUGGAAAGACCCUAUCUGGAGGACAAUGCUCAACCGUGCAGUCGCUGAAGGCUUCAACAUGAUCCGAUUUCUCAAUGUCCCACAGUCUCGAUUGGAUAACGAUUCCAUAAUCUGGUUCUCUGAAGAAAUGAAAGACCUUCAAUCCAAACUCGUCAUCUCGGCAUUCAAUGUCGGUGCAUUAGGACGCACAUCACAAAUAUUGAAUCCGAUACUGACCUCUGUGACACAUGCUUCCCUGCCACGACCACUAAUGCUUCAGUUUCAGCCUUUGCUAUCCUCGAAGGAAAUCAUCGGUGCUCUUUUUGAUAUUCAUGUCUUUGACAGCCUCAAGUUUUACGUCUUGGGAGCGAACGUAUCAGGGUCACUGUCACCAUCAAUGCAUAAUGCAGCAUACGAGUUUCACGGUCUUCGUCACACUUGCAUAACAAUGAAUAUCACAUCAUGGCAAGAUGCGGAAGAGUUAGCCAAGGACGACAGCUUGUGCGGUUUGAGCAUAGUCCAGCCAUACAAAGUCAGAAUUUUCCCCCAUUUAUCAUCAUGCAGCGGUCACGCAAGAGCUAUUGGUGCCGUCAAUACUAUAGUGCCACUACGGGCCGAUACCUCAGGAAAAGUCCCUUCUGUCCAGAUUCAGGCACAGGAGAGGAAUCGUGCCGGACCAAUCAAAGAUUGGUACGGAGAAAACACCGACUUCAGAGGCAUCAUGACCUGUAUUAAUCGAAGCCUGUCGCCUCGCAAUUCUAUCCAACCAAAAUCCACAGCUCUUGUGGUCGGUGCAGGAGGAAUGGCUCGAGCUGCUGUCUAUGCUAUGCUACAACUGGGAUGCAAGAACAUAUUUAUUUACAACAGAACCCUUCCGAAUACGAAAGCUGUGGCUGAUCAUUUUAACGGCUGGGCCAGGUCUCAAGCGAAGGUGAAUGGAGCUGAGUUUACGCCAUCAGAUCCUGUCAAGGUGCUUAAGUCGACAAGCGAGGACUGGCCUGGGGGUUUCUCUCCUCCCACAAUCGUGGUGUCAUGCGUAACGCACGAGCUGCUCGACGGGAAACCCGGCGCAGAUUUUGAGUUGCCAGAGUCGUGGAUGCAGUCGCCUAGCGGAGGUGUUAUCCUUGAAAUGGCUUACAUGACCAAAGAAACGCCCCUAGUCAAACAGAUGAGGUCCUUCCGCGAGUCCACUGGCCGGCCGUGGGUCAUUGUCGGCGGCAUCGAGGCAUUAAUUGAACAAGCAACGGUCCAAUUCGAAACUUUGACUGGCAGAAAGGCUCCAAAACGUUGUAUGGCCAAGGCAGCAUGGGAUGCAAUCCAGAAGAACACUUCAUACCUUGUCGAUGGCGAAGAGUAUUUCAGUGACCGUGGUGCAGGCUAAAGCGAAAAGCCUAGGCCGAUUCUUCUAUGUCCUGGCGCGAUGCUUGUCCAGUAACACAAGCUCUUGGAAGUUCACCGGAGAUCUUCUACGUCAGUGUGGUAUCUUCAUCCUGUCCUGGACCAUCCGUCUUGCGACGCUUCUCAGUGUGCCGUCGAUUUCGAGGCCUGUCCACAUAACGGCUUGCGCAAAGCCCUGUCCGAGCAUUGCUUCAAUUCCUCCGAUCAAUUGCCAGCCUGACUCCAAUGCAAGUCGGGAGAUGCCAGUGUCCGGUGACGGGUGAUAACACAUUUCUAGCAAAGCACCCUUCUCGCCGCCAUUGAGGAAAAUCUUCAAAAUCUCUCGAAUCGUCUUUUCAUUCUCCGUAACAGGUGGGAAGUCGGGAACCGCGCUCACAACGGCUCCUGGG